AUGCCAUUGGGUUCUCCGUCUUUCUUGGAGAGAAACAAGUCUUCUACGAUUCGACCGACCACUCGCACAACCACUUCUGACACGCAUCUUUAUGUUCUUGUGAUCACUGUAAUGUCCAAGUGUCUCCUUACCUCUUCUUCUUCCUUUUCCACGCCCCUGAGCAAACCCUCCUCUGGCUUCCACUUGGAUCUGCGCAAUGGCUCAAUCGAUGCUCGGAUCUCCCGUCUCCUCCCCUAUUUCCCACAAAUCUUCCUUGUUGGGCCUCCCCAGAACCUCAGUUUCAUGCUCGAUUUUGAAAUGUGGGGAAAGGGCAGUCCUCCAUUGAGGCUAAAGGCUGCUAUGGACUCUCCCCGGCUGACCAAGGAACUAGUGGAUAGAAAACAGAAGGUGGAAGAAGGAACUCAAAAUGGGUCAGAUCCUUUCAAGGAGAUGAAGGAUCGCUUUCUAAGUUUCAAAAAGCAUAAUUUCUUGGAAAACUUAGAACGCUAUCAGAACCUUGCCAAGGGUCAAGCACCCAAGUUCAUGGUGAUUGCUUGUGCAGAUUCUAGGGUUUGUCCCUCCAUCAUCCUGGGGUUCCAACCAGGAGAAGCCUUCAUAUUGCGCAAUGUGGCAAAUCUGGUGCCCUCUUUUGAGAAUGGGCCUUCUGAAACAAAUGCUGCCCUUGAGUUUGCAGUUAAUUCUUUGGAAGUUGAAAAUAUACUUGUCGUUGGCCACAGUUGCUGUGGAGGUAUUCGUGCCCUUAUGAGUAUGCAAGACAAAGGGGAUUCAAGUAGCUUCAUUCAAAGUUGGGUAAUUGUGGGCAAGAAUGCAAGGGUAAGAACGAAGGCUGCUGCUUCCAAUGUAAAUUUUGAUCAGCAGUGCAGACACUGUGAGAAGGUCAUGGAAGCUAUUUUGUGUUGUUCUCCUCAGGAAUCUAUUAACCGGUCGUUGUUGAACUUGCUCACUUACCCAUGGAUAGAAGAAAGGUUGACAAAAGGAUUGCUUACAAUUCAUGGGGGCUACUACGACUUCAUCAACUGUACUUUUGAGAAGUGGACACUUGAUUAUCAGGAAAGUAGUAUAAGAAGAGAAACCGGUAUGUGCUGUAUCAAAAACAGGGAAUUUUGGUCUUGA